CGGCGGCGGCUCAGCGGGCGGAGGGGGCGGAGAGAAGCCGCAGCUGCAACUUCGCCCGCCGCCCCUCUCCCUGGGCUCAGCAAGGGACGGAGCCGCCGUCACCGCGGAGCCGCCGCCACCGCGGAGCCGCCGCCGCCUCCCCGGCCCGGGCCUCAGCCCAGCCGGCUCGGCCAUGGCAGCCACCGCCGCCACCGCCGCGGCGAAUCUCGCCCCUGCGCUCCCCGCCCGUCGCUGAGCAGCCGUUAACCAGCCCGCCCGCCCUCCCGCCGGGGCCGCCGCGGCCCAGGCGCCGCACAAGUUUCCGCCCCGGAGAAGCGGGAGGCGAAGGCGGGGCGGACGGACGUGGGGUGUCGGGCGCCCCGGCCCACCGGGCCCUCCUGCCCGCGAUGUGGGGGCGCUUCCUGGCCCCGGAGGCCGGCGGCCGGGACAGCCCCGGCGGAGCCCGAAGCUUCCCGGCGGGCCCAGAUUAUUCUUCAUCAGCAUGGUCACCUGGUAAUGAAUCAUUGUGGCAGGCCACAACUGUUCCACCUAACCAUCGAAAUAACCAUAUCAGGAGACAUAGUAUAGCUUCUGACAGUGGUGACACCGGCAUUGGAACUUCCUGUUCUGACAGUGUGGAAGAUCAUUCAACUUCAAGUGGCACGUUAUCUUUUAAGCCUAGUCGAUCAUUGGUUACUCUUCCUACUGCCCAUGUCAUGCCGUCCAACUCCAGUGCUUCAGUUUCCAAACACAGGGAACCGUUGACAUCAGAUGGCUCACAAUGGAGCACGAGCCUCAUGCAAACGUUGGGAAACCACCAUAGAGCAGAGCAGGACUCUUCACUAGACAUGAAAGACUUCCAGCCCCUCCGGAAAUGGUCAUCUUUAUCCAAACUCCCUGCCCCAGAUGGCUGCAGCCAGAGUGGCGGUGUCAACACUGGAGAGUCAAGGAGUGGUUUGGAAAAGGCAGGGAGAGGCAAGGCUUUAGCAUCACAACUAAGGACAGUUGGGCCCAGCUGUUUACAUGAUAGUAUGGAGAUGCUUAAGCUAGAGGACAAGGAAAUAAAUAAAAAACGAUCAUCAACUCUGGACUGCAAAUAUAAAUUUGAGAGCUGUAGCAAAGAAGACUUUAGAGCUUCUUCCUCCACUCUUCGGAGACAGACCUUAGACAUGACAUAUAGUGCCUUACCUGAGAGCAAACCUAUUAUGACGAGCUCAGAGACUUUUGAACCUCCGAAAUACUUAAUGCUUGCUCAGCAGGCAGUAGGUGGAGUUCCCAUUCAGCCUUCUGUGAGGACACAGAUGUGGCUUACAGAGCAGUUGAAGACAAAUCCUUUGGAAGGUAGAACUACAGAGGACGCUUACAGUUUAGCUCCUUGGCAACAGCACCAAAUUGAAGAGUUUCGACAAGAAAGUAUAUCACCAAUGCAGGUUUCAACUGGAUCAUCUCGUCAAAGUUACUCACCUUCUAGCUAUCAGGAUUUCAGUAAAUGGGAAUCAGUGCUGAAAAUAAAAGAAGGACUACUGAGGCAGAAAGAAAUUGUAAUUGAUCGGCAGAAGCAACAAAUUACCCACCUACAUGAGAGGAUAAGGGAUAAUGAAUUACGGGCACAACAUGCCAUGUUAGGACAUUAUGUGAAUUGUGAGGAUUCCUAUGUGGCUAGUUUGCAGCCACAAUAUGAGAACACUUCACUACAGACUUCAUUUUCAGAUCAGUCAGUGUCCCCUUCCCAGCAAGAAGAACUUGAGCAAAAGCUUGCGUCUACUGAGAAAGAGGUUUUACAGCUCAACCAGUUUCUCAAACAAAGGAUAAGCCAAUUUAAUGAAGAGAAGAAGAAACUGGAGGAAAAGCUUAAAACCAGAGAUAGAUACAUCAGUAGCCUGAAAAAAAGAUGCCAGAAGGAAUCCGAACAAAACAAAGAAAAGCAGAGAAGAAUUGAGACCUUGGAAAAGUAUCUGGCUGAUCUUCCAACUCUAGAUGAUGUACAGAGUCAGAGUCUACAGCUGCAGGUUCUAGAAGAAAAAAAUAAGAAUUUGCAAGAGACUUUGAUAGAUGUGGAAAAAAAGCUUGAAGAGAUGAAAAAACAAUGCCAAGAGAAAGAUGCACAGUUAAUAUGCCAGAAAAAGAAAGAGAAGGAGUUGGUAACUACAGUUCAGAGUUUGCAGCAAAAAGUGGAAAGAUGCCUUGAAGAUGGAAUCCGCCUUCCCAUGUUAGAUGCAAAACAGCUUCAGAAUGAAAAUGAUCACCUGAGAGAACAAAAUGAGAAUGCUAGUAAGAUAAUAGACAGCCAACAAGAUGAGAUUGACAGAAUGAUUUUAGAAAUUCAGUCUAUGCAAGGGAAACUUUCUAAAGAAAAAUUGACCUCUCAAAAGAUGAUGGAAGAACUGGAAAAGAAAGAAAGAAACCUACAGAGAUUAACAAAAACAUUGCUUGAAAACCAAAGACAAGCAGAAGAGACAUGCUCUUUAUUGGAUCAGGGCCAGGAAGCUGACCAAUCCAGGCAACAGACAGUUCUUUCCAAACGGCCACUGUUUGAUUUGAGUGUGAUUGAUAAGCUGUUCAAGGAGAUGUCCUAUUGUUUGUUUGACUUGAAGGCGUUGUGCAGUAUUCUUAAUCAGCGUGCUCAGGGCAAGGAGCCUAAUCUGUCAUUAUUACUGGGAAUCAGAUCAAUGAACUGUUCAGCUGAAGAGACUGAGAAUGACCACAGCCCAGAAACACUCACUAAAAAACUAUCGGAUGUAUGCCAGUUACGGAGGGACAUUGAUGAAUUAAGGACUACCAUAUCCGACCGCUAUGCUCAGGACAUGGGAGACAGCUGCGUUACCCAAUGAUCGAGUGUUGAUCCCACAGCAAUAAUGACCCCUUGCUAAUGCUACUGUGUAACGGUUCUUCAUAUUUCUUUUUAGGAGCCAUAAUGUCGAGUUGUCAGUGGCAUAUGACUUGCACAUAGGAUUUUUUUUCCUGUGGGUUUGUUUUGUUAGGGGGGAAAAGGGAUAUGAGGAGAUUUCAAAGGGGCUUGUCUAAUUAGGCCAGAAAAUUGAAUUACCAUUUGAAAAAUGUGAUAGAGUGUAUAAGAAAAAAAAAAUCUGUAUUCUCAAACUACUGAUUGUAGGACCAAGCUGUGAAGAAUGCCUUUCAGAUAAAGGGAUAGGAUUUCUUUUUAUCCUGUAGUUUUGUGCGUGUGUGUGUGUGUGUGCAUGUGUGUUUAUUCACAAAAUUAUAAGGAUUUCUGGAGUCAAAGCACAGCUUCUGAGAAAGGCACACACUGUUUAUUUUUGUAUUUCUUUUCUUUCGUGUAGAAGCUUGUGUUGUACUUGGGGUUUUCAAGUGCUGGCUGAAGAAGAGUUCCAACAGCAGGCAAGUGUUGUAAUAAAAAUGCAGCAGGCAAAACCAUUUGUGUUUUGAACAGCCACUGUGCUGAGAUGGUGAGGUUGUGGGGUUGGGUUGAUUUUAGUACUGUAGAUAGGUCAGCUGUUUUUCCAGAGUGAUUGUGGAUUACUUUAGAGGUGUGAAAUUCUG